GUGGUGGCAGCGGUACAUCGGAGGAAGGCGGAGAGACCGAAGAAGGAACUACCCCCAAAAGUGAAACCGAGGAGGGCACCACACCAAAGUCCGAGGCGGAAGAAGGUACUACACCCAGAUCAGGAACCGAAGAAGGAACAUCGCCCAAGACCGACUCUGAGGAAGGAACCACACCCAACUCAGGAACUCAGGAAGGAACUACGCCCAAGAGUGAAACCGAGGAGGGUACCACAGCAAAAACCGAUACAGAAGAAGGUACCACGCCGAAAUCAGGAACGGAAAAAGGCACCACUCACCAAGCCGGAAUUGAGGAAGGCACAACCCCACAGUCAAAGACCGAAGAUGGUACCACACCCAGCGGAGAGACGGAAGAAGGCACUCCCUCAUCCGGUGGCAACAAGUUCACCGUGACCGUCAACGUCGUCAUCAAAUAUACCACCCAAACAGAACUGGAUUCCAUUCUGCAGCAAAUUCUGAAGCUUUGGAUCAAGAAAUACGGUUCCAUGUACGGCGCCACCAAGGUUACCAUCAAAGUUACCGGAAAGAAACCAAACCCAGCUGGAGGAUUCUCGUUGACCAUUGUGAUUACCGGCUCCAGCAAAACCGUGAUUGAUGUCACCAAAGUCACCAAAGAGUUUAUUACGGUCAUUUCAACGUCCAAGAUUACAGGAGUGACAAUCUCCACUGGCGGCAGCGGUACAUCGGAGGAUGGUGGUGAGACAGAAGAAGGAACCACACCCAAAUCCGACGCCGGGGAAGUCACCACACCAAAAACCGAAACGGAAGAUGGCACUACACCAAAAUCGGAUACUGAAGAAGGCACUACACCCAAGAGCGAAGGAGGAGAGGGCACCACACCUAAAGGGGAUGCCGAAGAAGGAACAACUCCGCAGUCGAAGUCGGAAGAAGGUACCACACCGGGCUCGGAUUCUGGUGAAGAAACCACGCCUGCGUCAACCGAAACCACAGGAGGCAAUUCCUUCAAAGUCACCGUCACCAUUGUCGUUACUUACAAAACUCAGACGGAACUCGACAGCAUCCUGCAACAAAUUCUGAAGUUGUGGAUCCAGAAAUAUGGUACUAAAUACGGCGCGACCGGUGUGACCAUCAAGGUCGGCGUUAAGAAACCAAAUCCGAGCGGUGGCUAUAUAAUCAGCAUCAUCAUUUCCGGAUCGAGCAAGACCGUGGUGGAUGUGCAGACCGUCAGCAAGCAGUUCAUCACCGUUAUCAGCACGGCCAAGAUCACCGGCGUGCAGGUUCCCGAUAAUGAAACUUCCGGUGACGACAACGAAGUGACCACCGCUGCCACCGAAGGCGACGAUACCAAAGGAUCUGGAAAGAAGUUCACCUUCGAUUACACCGUGACCAUUACCUACAAAACCGAGACCGAGUACAACAAUCUUCUCCAGAAAAUCCUCACCAUCUGGAUCAAACAUUUCGGUACCAAAUACGGUAUCUCCGGCGGCAAGACCGUUAUAACUGGCACACCCACGCCCACCUCUACCAAGGGCAAGUACACACUGCACAUGACCAUCACCGGCACGUACACUACCGGUACCUUCGAUGUGGACACGGUGACCAGCGAAUUCAAGGUGGCCAUCACCAGAACGAGAUCCCCGGCGUCACCGUGUCGGAGGAGAAAGAGGACGGUGCGGCGACCGAAGCACCGGAAGAGGGAGCGACACCUAAAGCCGACGAAGAGGGCGCCACGACCGCUCCCAGCAAGGAGACAUCGGAGGGCAGCGAAGAAGCCGUCACACCAACUGCUGCUCCGGGAAUCGACAAAUCUGGAACGGACCACGAUAUGGAAGACGUUUUCGGUCAUAGUAUUACCCUGCAUUUCACGCGGUACAUCACGUACACCACGGAGGCGCAACUCAAGGACAUCCUCAACCAAGUGUACUUUGUAUUGGCCGACGAUCCAACUGACCCGAGACCAGCAUUCGGAAAUCCACGUGUAUGGCACGCCCAAACCCACCAGCGUCAAGACAACAUUCCAGGUGGAAUUCGUCAUUACCUUCUGGGCCAAAACGACACUGUCCACGACGGAACUGGAAACCCGCUUCGAUGGAAUGCUGAAGGAAAGCCAUGUCAAAGGCAUCUCCACUGAUCUGCCCAGUGAAUCUACUGACGACAGCUCCAGCGAUGAUGACGGCGCUCAUGAUUUCGAACUGGACCUGACGCUCUUCAUCAAAUACAAAACCGAUGCCGAGCUGCAGAAGAAGCUCGAUGAGAUCCUGAAAGUAUGGAUCGCAAAGUUCGGCACAGAAUACCAAGUGACCGAGCAGAAGAUCCAACUGGUCGGUAAACCAUCGUCCACGAGCGUUAAAGGCAUCUUCCAGGUGCACUUCACCAUCGACGGUACCACGACCAUGUUCGCCAAGAUGACCGAUAAGGUCGUGGGCAAAUCCAAGACACCCCGUUUCUCGGAGAUGCUGAAGAGCCACCCGAUUGCCGGUGUGUAUCUGGAACUGCCCAGCAGUGCAUCCGAUGACAGUGGAAACGAGUCGGAUGACGGCGAAGACACCGAAGACAACGACGCCAAUAAAGUCACCGAAAACGACAACGAUGACUACCAAGUGACCAACCUGAAGAUCGAAUUCGAAAAGGACGCCAUGAGCGUGGGCAAACUCCCGAAAGACCAGGGCGGCGCCAAGUUUUUGGCGGGAGGCAGCGAUGCGGCCGUUUUCAACAGGGUGGUCACAGGAACGAUUUCCUGGCAAAUCGACGUGACAACUUAUUUCUCAUAUAAAUCCACGGCCGAACGCGACAGCUUAUUGCAGCAGAUACUGGAUUUAUGGAAAUCAUCCUUUAAUGCCAAGUUCAGUCUGACCGACGAGCAGAUCAAGGUCGUCAGCGAAAAACCGGCGCCGGCGGGCUUCGAUGAAUUUAAACAGAUCACCUUCAAGAUCAGCGGCAAAGGCCCCACCGGCACCAACCUCCAGUCCAUCGUGGCCAGCUUCCAGACGAUCCUCACGCAGGCCAACAUUCCCGGUGUCCAGAUGACACUGUCCCGAAAAACAUCCCAAACGGUCUACACUAUCAAUAUUGAUGUGGAAGCCAAUUUCCGGUACACCACACUAACCGAGCGUGAUCGCAUGUUGCAGCAGAUCCUUAACCUGUUCCGGACGAAAUUCGCUAAAUACUCUUUCACCAACCUGAAAAUCGAAGUGAUCUCCGAACGGCCUUCCGUCGUACCCGGCAUGAAACUGCUCAAAUUCCGUAUCAGUGGACAAACCACCAUCCGCAUCGACGUCAACGAUCUCAGCCAGCAACUGCAGCAGCAGAUCCGUAUUUCGCACAUUAUCGGCGUUGAGCUGCCGUCCGAAACCAUACAUACGUUCACGUUGGAAAGCACGGUAACGCUGAAAUACACCACGACGAUCGAGCGCGAUCGUCUGCUGCAGCAAAUCCUGAAAUUAUGGAUCCAAACUUACGGUAUCAGAUAUGGAAUUCAAAACCCGCAAAUCACCGUCGUCACCACGACGCGGUUAUCCAACGGUUUAUUCCUGAUCAAGUUCCGUAUCACCGGUACCAGCACCGUUACCAUUAACAUCCCCGACCUGAUCAUCAGUUUCCGCAAGAUCCUGUUCAGCGCCCACAUUACCGGCAUCAUUAUAACCGUGGAUGAAGGCGACGAGACCACACCUGGCAGCAGCAGUAGUGAGAGCACCGAAUCCAGCGACGCCACAAUUCCACCCACCGAUGCCCCGCCGACACCGGAGCCGGAAACGCCGGCCCCUGAAACUCCGGCUCCACCGACACCCGAACCGGAAACUCCAGCUCCUGAAACUCCAGCUCCGCCCACGCCGGAGCCCGACACCCCGGCUCCUGAAACCCCAGCUCCUGAGACACCAGCACCGCCAACACCGGAACCCGAAACUCCGGCUCCAGAAACCCCAGCGCCGCCGACACCGGAGCCAGAAACACCGGCCCCCGAAACUCCAGCUCCACCCACUCCCGAACCAGAAACACCGGCACCGGCGACCCCGGAAUCCCGGACGCCGGAACCGGAUGUUACAACGCCCGACACUUCAGUCACCGAAACACCGGAAAAGAAAGUGUGCGGAAAAAUUAGCAUCAACCAGAUCAACGGAAAAGUUGUCUAUCGUGGAUCCUUCACCGCCUCGUUCACCGUGUACUUAACGUACAAAACAACAACCAUCCGCAACGAUUUGCUGCAGCUGCUGUUGGCCGUCUGGGGUGAUAUUUUGGACAACCAAGCCACCAACUUAAAGAUGUGCUACGUUAGCGAAGAAAUCAACGUGGGCAAAACGCUGACAGGAAUUAUUAUGAAUAAGGUCACCUAUAAUAUCAGCGGUGUGGCCACGACCACGUUCAACACAGCAGCCGUGGCCAAGCUCUUUGAAGCCGCUGUAGCCGCAGGGACCAUGACGAAUGUCUUCUUCACUGCGGAUUUCGGGCAGUGCGCAGCCCAAUAAUCUUUCCUGAAUGCUCAACGGCCGCCUGCUUUCCCGAUCUGAACGCAAGAUAGAUAGUCCCCUUUUCGAGCACAAUAUUUUGCGAUUAUUUCUAUUUAAAGGUCAUUAGACGCCUGUCAUGGGUGUGUCUUUCCGGGUGCUUCCGGUAAUUUGCCGCCUAAAUCAAAUCCAAAAUUUUAAAGCCCUUAUUAACGGCAAAAAAAAUUUAAAUAUGCAGUGCCUGAUGCCUGUUAUUGUUGGAAAUCAAGAGUAUGACGCUAUGUUUUGGAAACUCUCUAUUUAAUAUGGGUUGCCGGUUUUUGAAAAGAGGAAAUUCGGUAGUAACAAAAAUGCAUUCUCAGA